AUCGCUUCUCCGUCUCUCCUCUCUGACCAGGAAGUUGACUCUGUAAUUAUGGCAGAGAAAAUGGAGGGUGAGCUGGAUUCAUCUUCUCAAUACACUUCUUUUGAAAAGACAGAGGUUUUAGAGACUAAAGAUGCCAAGCUUUCCAAAAUGGCUAUUGGGUGCAAUCUGGCACCAGUUACCCCUGUUGCAGAUCGAGCGAACAGGGAAGCUCUUGCUGGAAGCGACACACCGAUAACUUGGGUUUCUUCCCCUCCGAUAGCAGUUACCUCCAAAUCGGAUGGAACUGGAAGUAUGGAUUCUGAUUCAGGCAUUCGAACUCCAAAGCGUCGUGUUUUUGAUCCCUUUGCUCCUGGUCCAGAUGAGCUGAUGUUUGCGCCUAGGAAGAAACCUUUGGAGGAGUCUAGGACCCGUACUAUGCGGCGAUUGAACUUCGAAUCCUAUGGUGAUUUCAUGGAAAGUGCAGGAGAGAAUGACUUGGAAGAUGUGCAUGAAGAAAAGUUCUUGGAGUCGGUGUAUGAAUCAUUCUUGGAUGCGAUUGUUUCUAAUCAGGCUGAAGGAAUUUUAGCUGAAAACCAGUCACUGGAAUUGGGUUUUUGUGAUGGGCUCAAGACCCCCACAUCUUCACCUUUCUUGACGGGUAUUGCCGAAACGUGUCCUGGAGCGCCCAUGAAACCUGCAGCAAAAGCAAGGAAUCUUUUAGGUAUCAGUACAUGCCGAAAGCUUGAGUUUUGAAACCCUAGUGCUACCUUCCAAGCAGUUGGAUAUUUGUAGUGGUUUUCCAUGGAAAGAUGGUACUCAUUGAAGACGAUUUCUUUGAGGCGAUGUAUAUAAUCUUUUAGGAUUUUAUUUAUUUCUUCAACAGUGCAAUUAGUUUUAGCUGAAGACUGACCUGCAGAACCAGGUUUUCCUACUGAUUCCAGGACCUCUUAUUUGGAUGGGGAUUAUGAAUUUUGAUCCGCUGAUGUGCCACAAGCUUGAAUUACAGGGCAAUCAGCCUUUUGGAGGAAUUUGCAGCGAGUCGUGUUAUUUGUAAUGCGAAUUUUUUAAUUCAUUUGGGUUUGUAUUGUGGUGUUGUUUGUAAUGCUAGUUAUGACAUCCAAGAAAAUAGCUUUCCCAUGAAGAGGUUGUGGUAGUUUUGAUUGAAAUGUUACCAGUUAUAGUACUUGUUGAAUGAACUGAUGUUUGUUC